CUCUCUCUCUCUCUCUCUUCUCCACACCUCCGGUGAGUAUAUCCCUCACUCUCCAUGGCCCCCUCUUUCCUCCUCUUAUGCUUGUUAGCUUCGCUCUCCGUUCUCUCAUGGGUUCCGGUCACCGCCGGUGACCCCCAAACCAACCUCCUCAACGUCGGCUGUAGCCAGUACAAUGCCACCCCCGCCGCCGCCUUCCUCUCCGCCCUCAACGCCACCCUCUCCGACCUCCGCUCCGCCGUGAGCGGCGGCGGCGGCGGCGCCAACUCCUCCGGCGAGUUCGCCACCGCGUCGCGCCCCCGCGCCGCCGCGCCCGUGUACGCCCUAGCGCAGUGCCGCCCCUACCUCUCCCCCGGCGACUGCGCCGCCUGCGUCGGCGCCGCCGCCGCGCGACUCCGCGGCUGCGGCGCCGCGAACGGCGCUCGCGCCAUCUACGACGGGUGCUUCCUCCGCUACGAGAGCGCGCCCUUCUUCGACCAGGCCACGCUCCCCGGGAGCGUCGGGAUCUGCGGGAACCGCUCCGCCGCCGCGCCGGGGUUCGCAGCCGAGGCGGAGGGGCUGGUGCGCGACCUCGCCGCGGCGGCGCCGCGGAUCCCGGGGUUCGCGGCCGCGGCGGAGCGGGGCGGGGUGUACGGAGCGGCGCAGUGCGUGGAGACGGUGGGCGAGGGCGGGUGCGAGCAGUGCCUUCAGGUUGCGUUGGGAAACAUCCAGGGGUGCCCCCCUGAGGCCGAUGGGAGAGCCGUCGAUGCCGGGUGCUUCUUGCGGUACUCCGACACCGCCUUCUUCGCGCCGAAUCAGACCAUCGAUCUCACCCCCUUCUUGAAUUCAGGUAAAUCGAGCCACAAGGGCGCCAUCAUCGGAGGAGUUGUAGGAGGAGUUGUGGUUUUAUUGCUUCUUGGUAUCGUUGCAUUUUUGUGGAUCCGACGGUCGAGAAAGCUUGAAAAGGUUCACAGAGGAGAUAUUUUAGGGGCAACGGAGCUACAAGGCCCCGUCAAUUUUAAUUACAAAGAUCUCAAAGCUGCAACAAAUAAUUUCAGUGAAGAAAAUAAGCUGGGAGAAGGGGGUUUUGGAGAUGUGUACAAGGGUUUACUGAAAAAUGGCAAAAUAGUUGCUGUUAAAAAACUGGCAAUAGCUGAAACAAAGAAGGCUAAACAAGAUUUUCAGGGUGAGGUGAAGCUGAUUAGCAAUGUUCAUCAUCGGAAUCUUGUUCGUCUGCUUGGAUGUUCUAGCAAAGGCCCUGAACUCAUACUCGUUUAUGAGUACAUGGCAAAUAGCAGCCUCGACAAGUACUUAUUUGGUGAGAAACGUGGCACCCUCAACUGGAAACAGAGAUUUGAUAUAAUUGUUGGCAUGGCUCGAGGCCUUGCAUAUCUUCAUCAAGAGUUCCAUGUCCGCAUCAUACAUCGCGAUAUAAAGUCCAGCAACAUACUUCUCGAUGACGAUUUUCAGCCCAAGAUUGCUGAUUUUGGCCUCGCACGGCUUCUACCAAAUGACCACAGUCACCUCAGUACCAAAUUUGCAGGAACCUUGGGUUAUACAGCUCCUGAGUAUGCAAUCCAUGGGCAGCUAUCCGAGAAGGUUGACACAUACAGCUAUGGAGUUGUUGUUCUAGAAAUAAUAAGUGGUCGUAAGAGCAAUGACAUGAAGCUAGAGCCUGUAACCCAGUACCUUCUUGAAUUGGCUUGGAAACUAUACGAAAGUGGUGAUUUGAUUGAGUUGGUUGAUGAGAGUUUGGAUCCUAACGAAUAUGAGCAGGAAGAAGUGAAGAGAAUUAUUGAGAUAGCUCUCCUUUGCACUCAAUCUACAGUCGCUGCGAGGCCCACCAUGUCUGAGGUCAUUGUUUUGAUGCUGAGCAAAGGCCCACCUUUGCUCCAGCCCACCAGGCCCACUUUCAUAGAUGCUUCAAGUAGGGUACGUGGUGACGCAUCCUCCUCCACCGGUUCAUCUUCUACUUCUAAGGCAACUGUUUCAAUAUCUCAAUUUUCCGGCAGGUGAAGUUACAUCCAUUAGUACUUCAAUUAUUUUUUUUGGGGGGUCGAUAAGAGUGAGAAUAAUAUCUAUAAUUGCAUAGAUUUUCUUUGUCGUAUUGUAAUACGGAGGACGGAGUAUAUAGCAGGGAGCGUGACUACUGUUAUAGGAAGUGCAUCACAUUCAAAGAUAAAAAAAACUUAUGUAAAUGUGAAAACAAAUAGUUAAUGUGAAUAACUGAAGUUUGUCUUUGUGAGUUUUAU